AUGUGGGCGACACAUCGUCAACGCUACCGCGCGAUUCUCAAUGAACUUACCUCCACCUUGCGUGGAAUUUCUCUCGACUCUCGGUUGAUGCCCCCAGUGGUUUUCGAGAUGCCGCAGCUUCACUCGUCUGCUUCUACCCCGUCUCUGCGGUCGCAUGAUGCGCCCGUCAGAAUGGACGGGGGCAACGUUCGAGUCGUCGUCCGAGUUCGGGCGUUUCUGCCCAGAGAAAUCGAGCGUGGUGCCGAAUGUUUGGUAGAGAUGGACCCCAUCACGCAGCAAACGACACUACUCGUACCAAACGAUGUCGACCCGGCGAACGCAAAAGCCAAGAGCAGGAAAAUUAUUGAGGAAAAGACAUUCACCUUCGAUAACUCUUUCUGGAGCCAUGACCUCAGCGACAAGCAUUAUGCGCACCAGUCGGACGUCUACAACAGUCUUGGUGAGGAGUUUCUCGACCACAACUUCGAAGGUUACCACACAUGCAUUUUCGCCUAUGGCCAGACGGGUUCAGGCAAGAGUUACACGAUGAUGGGCACUCCAGAUCAGCCAGGUUUGAUUCCUCGAACGUGCGAGGAUCUCUUUGAGCGAAUUGAGGCUGCGCAGAACGAGACGCCAAACAUCUCCUAUAAUGUCAGAGUAUCAUACUUUGAGGUCUACAACGAACACGUGCGCGACCUUCUCGUUCCCGUUGUGCCAAACCAGCCGCCAUAUUAUCUCAAGAUCAGGGAGUCGCCUACGGAAGGGCCAUACGUCAAGGACCUCACUGAAGUGCCGGUCCGGAAUCUUAACGAGAUUUUGCGGUACAUGACGGCAGGAGACAGGUCGAGAACCGUUGCGAGCACCAGAAUGAACGACACCAGUAGUCGUAGUCACGCCGUUUUCACCAUUAUGCUCAAGCAGAUCCAUCACGACAUGGAGACGGACGAGACGACGGAGCGCAGCUCGCGCAUUCGGCUGGUGGAUUUGGCCGGCAGUGAACGGGCCAAAGCGACUGAGGCAACUGGUCAGCGACUUCGCGAGGGUAGCAACAUCAACAAGUCGUUGACGACGCUUGGACGUGUCAUUGGAGCACUUGCGGACGCCAAACCGGGCUCGAGAAAGCGAAACAAGGACGUGGUGCCCUACCGAGAUUCGAUCCUCACAUGGUUGUUGAAGGACUCGCUGGGAGGCAACAGUAAAACGGCAAUGAUUGCAUGUAUCGCGCCGUCAGACUACGAAGAGACUCUUUCGACUCUUCGUUACGCCGACCAGGCCAAACGCAUCCGCACUCGUGCAGUUGUCAACCAAGACCACAUCUCGUCUGCUGAGCGUGAUGCCCAGAUCGCGGCCAUGGCGGAAGAGAUCCGAGUUCUGCAACUCUCCGUGUCGGAAUCGCGGCGACGGGAGAAGGAUAACAAGGAGCAAGAAGAGAAGCUCGAGGAAUACCAGAACCACGUUGUUACCAUGCAGCGAAUGAUGGAAGAGCGCAGCCUCGUCGCGGAAGGUAAGAUCCGGAGCUUGCAGACGGAGAAUGAGGCCUUGCGACUCCAUCUUAAAUUGGCGCUCGACAGUCUGAAGAACCCAAUCCCUGCCGUCACGGUCAGGGAGGUGUCGGCGGAAGAGACGGACAGCGAAACGCAAAAGGCUAGGUCAGGAGGGCAGGAGGAUAAGGAGAACGCCGAGGACGGCGAGUCAUUAUACGACGAUUCGGACGAUACUGCUUACGACUCAGAUGCAAUGGAGGACAAUGCCAGCGACAUGCAAGAGUAUAUGCGCAGUCUGCUGAACGACCUGGGGAUGUUUAGACGGAAGAUUGGUGACGACAAGGGUCGUUGGGUCGGUGAGGGACUGCCUUUGGGCAAUAAGCAAGGCGUGUAG